UUCCAGCAACCUGAGCAUUUGGCAUAGGAAUUCCGCGUCCGUUCUCAGGAGCAAUGGAUGAUCAACGUCGCGGCUGACAAAUGCUUCUACAAGUACAUGGCCGUGGUGAACGUUGUCAUACAGCUACGCGCCGAGAUCAAACAGCUAUGGAAUGAUGUUAUCGUCAGAGCCGUGCUCAAAAGGCGGAGAGUCAAAAUGGAUAGCUCUGCUGAGUACUUCCUCAACGGUUUAGACCGCAUCGUGACCCGGAACUACAUGCCAACGGAUGACGACAUUCUCCACGCUCGGUUGCCCACCCUCGGAAUCCAGGAGUAUUGCAUAAAGUUCUCGGACCCAGCGGUGCGGGCGGCUUUGAAUCUAAACGAGUGGUGGAUCUACGACAUUGGUGGCACCAGAAAGCAUAGAGCUAAAUGGGCGCAGUACUUCGACGAUGUACAUGUCAUCCUGUUCUUGGCGCCGGUGCAUUGUUUCGAUGAGCCAGCUGGUGGGGAGGCAACCAGGCCAGUCAGCAGACUAGGAACGAAGGAUAGACCUACAGCACCCGUGAGAGCAGACUCGGGGAGAAGAUCAAUCAGCCGCAUGAAGGACAUGUUUGAACUGUGGCAGUCUAUCUGCAGCAACGCGCUGCUGCGAAGAGCGACAAUGAUUUUGUUCUUGAACAAAACUGAUCUGCUCGAAAGAAAGAUUGCUGCGGGCAAGGACCCAAGGGUGCAUAUACCUGGUCAUUACAAUAGCAGAGACGCAGACAGCUACCUUUCUUGGUUGGAGAAGCAGUUCAGAGCUGCCCUAAGGAUUGUAGAUCAGACAGAAUCCAGACGAACAUGCUUCGUCUACCGCACGAGCGCCGUAGACAUCACUCGGACUAAAGUUACGCUUACCAGCAUACAAACGAUGGUCCUGGAGAAAAGCAUGAGAAAUGUCCAACUCAUAUGACGAUCGUCGCCAGCGGUGCCGACGUCAUCAUUGCUUCGAUCUCCUCAAAUCGGACUCUAGAUGUCUUACUUGCCCCUCUCCUCGUCUCCUAGCUUUUUGCGGGUUUUUCGUUCGUGUAUAAGGUUAUGAUUGGCGAUCCAUUCCACGAACGUCUCGGCUGCUUUCGUUAUCGUGACCUCGCGAAGAUCUUAGGCACAUCCUCGGUAACAUACGGCACCCCCAUUCAUCCUCGGAGGCUAGCUGCUCAGUGCUAGUACAACAUCAACUAGCCUAACAGUCGCCUGCUAGUCUCGAUUUCACUGCGGGGCGCUCAUGGUUAUUAUUUGCGCUAACAUCGCGCGACGCCUCUCACUGAUCCGCCGCGUCGGU